AUGGUUUCAAAAGGCAAGUCAAAAAGCGCUUCAAGCAGAUCAAUCCCGUCAAUAGCUCAGCUGUCACCAACUGGCACCACUCCUCGCGGUCUGUUGCGAGCGACAGAAGAUGAUCUAGAGGAUGCAUCCGGCUCAAAUCCACUCAAACGGCUUUAUGAUGAUGGGGUCGUCGACUAUCCACGGAGGCGCGCAAUCAUUGCAUGCGAGGUCUGCCGGUCGCGCAAGUCGCGCUGCGAUGGCAACAGGCCCAAGUGCAAGCUAUGCGCCGAGCUCGGUGCCAACUGCGUCUACCGCGAACCCAGCGUCAAGCUCGACGUAGGCGACAAGAUCAUCAUCGAGCAGCUCAACCGCAUCGAGGGCAUGCUGCAGGCCAGCAUGGCGCAGCAACAGCAACAGCAGGAGACGCACGACGACAUCGCGACGAACCCGUCGCAGCCAUCCCCGGCCGUGAGCAGCGCCGCCGCGGUCACGAGUCCCGACGGAUCGCUCACGACGCCAAGCAGCGCCGCCAAUAACACCGUGCCCAUCAUUCGCAACGGCGGGCUGGGCACGUGGGCGAGCGCCGCCGCCGCGGGGACCAACAUCUCGACCAUGCCAAAGUGCCACACCAAUGCCGCCUUUCAUCUCCUGCAGUGGCCGCUCAUCCGAGACAUGGUGCCGCGCCAGUACGAUCCGCAAAUACUCGUGCGGCUGGAAAUGGAGCGCGAGCCCCUGCUGCGCUCGCUCACCACGACGCCGGCCGUCGACCUGUCUAACACGCAAGCCUACGUCGAGGCCUACUUUGCAAAGGUCAAUGUCUGGUACGCGUGCGUCGACCCGUACGCGUGGAAGGCCGACUACCGCACGGCGCUGUCCAGCGGCUUCCGCGAGGGCCCCGAGAGCUGCAUCGUGCUGCUGGUGCUGGCGCUCGGCCAGGCGAGCCUCGGCGAGCAUAUUGCGCGCCUGCCGCGUGGGCAGAAUCCUCCCGGGCUGUCGUACUUUUCGGCCGCCUGGUCGCUGCUCCCCGGCAUGCUCACGCGCAGCAGCGCCGUCGCGGCGCAGUGCCAGCUGCUGGCGGCCGCGUACCUCUUUUACCUCGCACGGCCGCUCGAGGCUUGGAGCCUGCUUGGUAGCGCCAGUGCUAAGCUGCAACUGCUGCUCAUGGCGCCCGGCGGCGGCGGCCAUCAGACGGAGCUGGUGCAGCGCAUCUACUGGAACACGCUUCUCUUUGAGAGCGACCUGCUGGCGGAGCUGGACCUGCCGCACUCGGGGGCGGCGCAAUUUGAGGAGCACGUCGGGCUGCCGGGCGGCUUCGUCGGCAGCGUCGGCAGCGUCGGCGAUGACGAUGAGCAGGACCGUGACGGGCGGCCCGUGGGCGCCGACGAGCUCUGGUACUUUUUGGCCGAGAUUGCGCUGCGCAGGCUGCUCAACAGGGUCAGCCAGCUGCUCUACUCGGACGGCGCCUUUGCCAAGUCGAGCAACCCGACGCCCGUCGUGGCCGAGCUCGAUUACCAGCUCACGCAGUGGUACGAGAGCCUGCCGGCCGCGCUGCAGUUUUCCUUUGCGCGCUCACCGCCGCUGCUGCGAGACCCGGUGCAGACGGUCCUGAAGCUGCGCUACUACGCGUGCAAGGUCAUCAUUUACCGCCCGUACAUAUACUGCGUCCUGCGGGAUGCGCGUGCCGUCGCGGAGCCCGUCGUGCGCGAGGGCUGUCAGCGCUGUCUAGACGCUGCGGUGAGACAGCUCGAGCAUAUACCUGAGCAUCACGCUGGUCGCAUGCCGUACAUCUGGCAGGGUGCCAUGUCCAUGGCCUCGCAGCUGCUGCUGAUUAUGGGCGCGACAAUGUCGCCGUCGUUGCAGGGGCUAGUGCUAAGCCUAGUACCCGACAAAGCGGCCCUAGACAAGAUUAUUCAAGACGUUAUUGACGAGAUUGGGCGCUGUGCCGUCCUGGCGCCGAGCAUUAACCUGGCGGCUGACAUUGUCAAGGAGGCCGAGCUGCGGCGGCGCGCAUUUCUGAGCGUAGAGACACAAGGCCGCUAG